AUAUAAAUAGCGGAUCCAUCUUGCUUCAAAACCAUUCCACCACCUGAAAUUCCUCCCGACCCUUCUUCUUUCCGAUUCUACUUCCUUCUACUUUUUGUACUCAAAUUCCUGAAAGUAAUAAACAAAAAGCUCUAAAUCGGAGAUUAUGGCUUCUCAAGAUCAGCUAAAACACAGAAUUAAUACCAAAUCACAACAAAACGAACCUCUACAAACUGAACAAUACACCAAAUCUGAUCAAGAUGACGAUUCGAAAACGAACAAAAACAUCGAUAAAUCAAAAAGAAAACAGAUAGCCAAACGAGGACUCAAAUCAUUAACAAUCGCUUUAACGAUCCCACUGUUAUUAACCCUUGUAGACAUUUCUCUUUUCGGAUCAAGUUACCAGUACGUUUCAAUGGAGAAGUCUUUUUGGUUCCCACGUUUAUGGGCUUUGCACUUAGCCUGUUUGGGUUCUUCUUUUCUUAUGGGUCUUUCUGCUUGGCUUGUUUGGGCUGAAGGUGGGUUUCAUCGUAAACCUAUGGCUAUGCUUUUGUAUUUAAGUCAAUUGGGGUUGAGUUUGGCUUGGGAUCCAGUUGUGUUUAAAGCAGGAGCUACUAGGAUUGGGUUGGUGUUAUGUGUGGCUUUGUUUGGAGUGUUGAUUGCUUGUGUUAGGUCUUUUAAAAAUGUGAAUCCUGUUGCUGGGGAUUUGGUUAAACCUUGUCUUGGAUUGGCUGUGCUUUUGAGUUUAGCAAAUCUUAAGCUUAUAUACCACUAGAGUCGACAUAAGCACUUGUUAUUGUUCUUGUUUUGGCUUGUAAUGCUCAUGUACUGUACAUUUACAUGUAUUAGUGUUUUAUAUUUCACCUUCUAAUCAAAAUCUCUUUUACCAA